AUGAUUUUAUUAGACUAUCAUAACGUUAUUAUCAAGAAUACUUUAGAGUCGAGAAUAAAAGAACAAAAAUUCGAGCCCAUCGACAUGACAGUUGCAGACUUUGAUGGCGUCUCUUACCACAUCUCGACUCCUGAAUCUAAAACAGUUAUUCAAAUAUCGUUAAGAUGGGCAUGUACUCGUCAAUUGUUUGAGUAUGGUGCUGAAGAUGUUUUAAAACGCGAGUAUGGGGAUUGGCUUGUCAGCACACCUGAACAAGGCUAUGAUGUUACUUUAUCAAUUGAUUUAGAAAAAGCACCCCAAGAAGAUGAGGCCAAGGACGAACUUAUUAAAAAGAUAUCUCUUUUAAAAAGAAAUCUUUUGGCUGCACCCUUUGAAAGAGCGUUUGAAGAGCAAGAAGAAUUUGAAAAGCAAGAAAACCCACAAUGCAAUUCACAAUUGAUGACCAUUCAAUACCGUGAGGAGGAAGCUAUUUAUGUCAAGUCAAACGUUGAUCGUAUAACAGUUAUUUUUAGUACUACCUUUAAAGAUGAAACAGACAAGAUUUUUGGUAAAGUCUUUUUACAGGAAUUUGUGGAUGCUAGACGUCGUGUUCCUGUUUUACAAAAUGCACCUCAGGUUUUGUAUUCAAUUCGUGAACCACCUAUGGAACUUCGUCAUUUGAAUUUGAGAGAUAGUGAAGAUGUUAGUUAUGUCACUUUUGUUCUCUUUCCUAACCACUUUGCUAAGGGAGAUGUACGUGAAGAAACAAUCAGUCGUAUUCAAACAUUCCGUGAUUAUCUUCACUACCAUAUUAAAUGUUCAAAGGCAUAUAUGCAUACACGUAUGAGAGCCCGUGUUCGUGAUUUCUUAAAAGUAUUGAAUAGAGCUAAACCAGAAGUUCUUAAUGCAGAAAAGAAGACUGCUAGGUAA